AUGUCGUCGUCGAUUGCGAUCCCGAUGACCCCGUCGUCGGCAACCUACGGUCACCACCACCACCAGUCCGCUCAGGUUCGCGGUGCAACCAGCUCCUCGUCCUCGACAUACUCCAGCUCGCCUCGGACUUCAUCCCCGCCUUCCGCCCAGAAGCAGAAGAUGGUCCACCAACGUCGCCCCAGCCUUCUCAGCACGGCGUUGUCGAAGCAAGAAAGCACCGUCAUCAACAUCGGCGAGCCAAACGGCACUCCCCGCCUGAUCUCCUACCUCUCCUCCAGCCAAGGCUUUGCAUGGAACCCAGAAAUCUUCCUGCCAUCCUACGUCGACUGCGAAUACGAACCCCUCGAGAACCGACGGGAGCCCGUACACGAGAUCGUUCUGAGCGACGAGGAAGUCAACAACAUGUUCCCCCAUUAA